AUGCUUUUUGAAGAAAAAGAUUCUAAGGCUUUAAAAACAUAUCUUUUAAAACUCCUUGAUCCUAUAUCAAAUGCAGAUUUAGAUGUUCUUAGCGAUUAUAUUUUGGCACUUUUAAGGCAUGAUCAAUCGUCAGAAGAUGUUAAAAAGCUCUGUUUGUCUCAGUUGGAGGAGUUCUUGAGAGAAAACACAUUUUCAUUUGUAGAUGAUGUUUUUAAUGCAUUGGAAAAAAAAACAUAUUUAGAUGAAAUUAUACAAGUAAAAGAUCUAUCAGCUGAAGAAAAAGAAGUUGUAAAGAAACGAUCUUUUCAUGAAACAUUUUUAGAUACAGGACGUCAUCAGAUAAAUAAUGGAAAAAGGUCUAGAUUUCUUAAAUUACCGCAUAUGAAUUAUUAUGGGAAUUCAAAAUCAUCAUAUCAUCAAAAAGCAUGGCUUUCUGAUAUGUUUCCGUUUUCAUCUGAUUUUCCUAUGAAUUCUAAUAGACGAAGGUGCAAAGAUUAUGAAGAAAGAGGCUAUUGUAUGAGAGGAGAUAUGUGUCCGUAUGAUCACGGUGUCGAUCAUAUUGUAAUGGAUGGUCAAUAUUCAGAUGCUUACGAUCCUACACAAUCUAUUCUUACUAACCAUUCUAUGGGAACCAUGCAGUCAAAACCUAUCUAUAAGAACUUAACCAGAAAUAAUAAAGAACGUUUUAAGAAUUAUAGACGAAAUUAUUCUUGUUCUAUUCAAGGCCCAAAUUAUGAUAAAACAAUAACAACAUUGAUAGUAGAAAAUAUCCCAAGUAAUGAUUUAAAUGAAGAAAAUAUUCAUCAAUUUUUUAAAAAGUUUGGAGAAAUUUCUAAAAUAACAGUAGAAAAAGAUGACUAUCGGGCUAUAUUAAAGUUUAAAGAUUGGAAAAGUGCAAAUAAAGCAUGGUCUUCUUCUGCUCCAAUUUUUAAUAACAGAUUUGUGAAAUUAUUUUGGAAAAUGUCAGAAACUAAUAAUAAAAAAGAACUUCAGGAAAACAAUCAACUUUUCUCUAAUACAUUUCAAAAACCAGUAGUAGAUAAUUUUUCUAAAGAUGAAUUUAUGGAGAAAAUAGAAAUAAAACAAAAGGAACAUAAAGAAAGAGAACAAAAGAAAAAAGAAAAUGCUAAAGCACGAGAAAUGCUUCAGAAAAAAGAAGAACUUAUUCAAAAACAAUUGCAAGAAAAACGAAACUUAAUAGCGCUAAUGUCUAAAAAUACAAACAUAUCUGAAUCAUCUCAAGAAAAAGCUUAUAAUACAGAUAAAUCAUCAACAUUAUCUAAAAAGGCGUUGGAAAUACAAUUAGCUGCAUUAAAAGCAGAGGCGGAUAAUUUGGGAAUAAGUAUUGAUACUGAAAGUUUAAAAACUAAUGAAAAAAGUUGGAAUAACAAAUCAAAUUUUCAUCGAAAAUCUAUUAAAAAUUUUAAACCAUAUAGUAAAAAAAAACCUUCAUUUUAUUAUGGGUCAAUGCAAUUGGAUAAUCGUACAAAAAAAAUUGCAAUAUAUAAUUUAGACUCAGAUAAGGAUGAAAUUUUGAGACAACAUUUGUUGCACAAUGGAGAAUAUGAAAUUAUUGAAAAAGAUCCUGAUGAUCCAGAUGCUCAAAUUAUUGUUUUUAAAGAUAGGCGUACAGCUGAAAAGUUUUUACGUGUUGCCUCUACGAUCCCUGAUAUGGGAAAUAUAAAGUUAAAAUGGAAAUACGAUACAAUUAGGAAUUCAGAAAAUUCUUCGGAUCAUAAUAAUAUUUUAGAGCCCAUGGAAAAUAGAGGCUCAAAUGGACGUGGAUUUUAUGAAGAUGAUGAAGAUACAGGAGAGGCGCUGUGGAGGCGAUAA